UAGUUGGCGCAGCUUACGUUUGGUGGUGUUAUCACUUCACCGAAGCGUUAUCUUCCUUCUUCAAUUUUCAAAUUUCGGUAAUUCAACAGUAAACUAAAUAUAUUCCGAAUAAUCCUAAUUUUCUAGUGUUGUGGAUUGUGGAAGCUUCUACGUCAAAUGAAUUAUCAUUAAUUAAUUACUCGACUGUUGGUUGUUUUCAAUCAUUAGCCAAGGUUGAAGACUAUGAGAUCGCGAUGACGUCUAUAAUUAAAGUACACGCGCUCUCCGGCGCUUUAGACGAAUCUCCUCCUUGCUACAUUUUACAGCUAGAUGAAUUUCGUUUUUUACUGGAUUGCGGAUGGAACGAAACUUUCGACGAAGGUUUUAUGAAAGAAUUGAAAAAACAUAUACCUCAAAUCGAUGCUGUACUAUUAUCUUAUCCAGACGUGCUCCACUUGGGUGCUCUGCCUUAUAUUGUCGGUAAAUGUGGCCUAAGUUGUCCCAUAUACGCCACCAUACCCGUUUAUAAAAUGGGACAAAUGUUUAUGUAUGAUUUGUAUCAGUCGAGACAUAAUAUGGAGGAUUUUGACUUAUUUACGUUGGACGACGUGGAUGCGGCUUUUGAUAAAAUAAUUCAGCUCAAGUAUAAUCAAAGUGUACCGUUGAAAGGUAAAGGAUACGGUAUUACGAUAACGCCUCUUCCUGCCGGACACAUCAUCGGAGGAAGUAUUUGGAAAAUAGUUAAAGUUGGCGAAGAAGAUAUUAUCUACGCUGUGGAUUACAAUCAUAAAAAAGAACGCCAUUUAAACGGAUGCGAAUUGGAAAAGAUCUCUAGACCGUCUUUACUUAUUACCGAUACUUUCAACGCUGUUUAUCAGCAGGCGCGUAGACGAAUAAGAGAUGAAAAAUUGAUGACUAAUAUUCUUCAGACGUUAAGAGGAGGAGGUAAUGUCUUAAUUACCGUCGAUACGGCCGGUCGAGUUUUGGAAUUGAUUCAUAUGUUAGAUCAAUUAUGGCGUAAUAAAGAUUCCGGACUUAUCGCGUACUCGCUAGCUUUGUUGAAUAAUGUCAGCUAUAACGUCGUCGAAUUUGCGAAAUCUCAGAUCGAGUGGAUGAGUGAUAAAUUAAUGAAAUCAUUCGAAGGAGCUAGAAAUAAUCCGUUUCAAUUUAAACACGUUCAGCUGUGUCAUAGCUUAGCGGAGUUGAAUAAAGUUCCUUCGCCCAAGGUUGUCUUGGCUAGCACUCCCGAUAUGGAAUGCGGCUUUUCUCGCGAAUUAUUCCUUCAAUGGGCUCCCAAAGCGGUCAAUAGUAUUAUUAUUACAAAUAGAUCUCCCCCAGGAACUUUGGCGCGUCAACUUCUGGAAAUGAACGAAACCAAUAAGACUAUGCAAUUACUCGUCAAGAGAAGGGUUCGUCUAGAAGGCGAAGAACUGCAAGAAUUUCAGAAAAAAGAAAGACAAGAAACAUUCAAUAAACUGAAAACCAGUAACGAUUUCAUCGAAUUAAGUUCCGAUUCGGAAGAUGACGAUAUAAGUAACGUUGUCAAAGGUAAACACGACUUGAUGAUUAAAUCUUCCACUCAAAAACAGCAAGUAGGCUUUUUCAAAUCGAAUAAAAAGCGUUACCCGAUGUUCCCGUUUUACGAAGAAAAAAUAAAAUACGACGAUUACGGCGAAGUUAUCAAAAUGGAAGAUUUCAAAGCGAUGGAUUUCGGCCACGAUUCGAGUGAUAAAAAUUUAGUCGACGACGAUGACAUGAUGAUAGUUGACAUUAGCGAAGUACCAACCAAGUGUACAUCGUCGACUCGCAGCGUUACGGUCGAAGCUCAAGUUCAAUUUAUUGAUUUCGAAGGCAGAUCUGACGGCGAAUCAAUUCAAAAAAUCAUCGCCAACAUGAAACCUAGAAGGUUAAUAUUAGUUCGAGGCUCCGAAGAAAGCACCCAAGCUAUUUUUUCGCAUUGUAAACAAUAUACGGAUGCGAAAAUAUACGCACCCAAAUGCGGCGAUGUAAUCGACGUCACUAUGGAGACUCAUAUUUAUCAGGUUCGUUUGACCGACGCUUUGUUAUCGUCGUUGGAUUUCAAAAUGGGCAAAGACGCCGAAGUGGCUUGGUUGAACGGUAGAAUUUCCACUAAAAAUAAAAAACGCCGAGCUAAAAUCGAAGACAAAAACAAAAACGAUAGCGAAGAAUCACGUAAGUUGAACUGCGCGGUACCGGCGCAGCGUGGGUCGGGUAUGUUUGAUUUGAAUUUAAUAACCUCGGAAACGAACUUAUCGUUCGAUUGGUUUACAGCCGAAGACGAAGAAAUGCCCGAAGAUGACGUUUUCAAUUUGGAACCAAUACCCGUGAACGAAAUAACAGGUCACCAGCCCGUAUUCAUCAAUGAACUGAAAUUAUCAGAUUUCAAACAAGUUUUAACCAAACACCAGAUUCCUACCGAUGUUUUAGGCGGUGUGUUAUAUUGUUGUAAUGGGACCGUGGCUGUGCGUAGGAUCGAAACGGGAAAAGUUAUUUUGGAAGGUUGCCUCAGUGAAAAUUAUUACAAGAUACGGAAACUAUUGUACGAACAGUACGCUAUCAUAUGAUGAAGAAUGAUGAAAAAAGCGAUCCCGUUGCGUGUGAUAAUUAUUGUAUUUGUAGAACUCAUUUUUUUUAUCCGUGUUUUUCAUUGUUUACGAGUAUCGAAAUGAUUUUUCUUUUUCCAUAUCUAGUUGACGAAUAAAUAGAGAUUAAAUUUGUAUCGAUAUCGUUAAGAAAUAUGUGUAUUGCGCUCUUUUCUUUGAGAAAAGGUUUUUAAUUGAAGCGGGGAAAACGUGAGAUGUUUUCGACUUUCGUAUCUAAUAUUUAGACAACGGUGAAUUUUUUCAUUUUGUAUAAAAUAAAAUAUAUUUUCAAUUGAAA